AUGUUAUUCAGUCAGCCAGGGUCGCCGUCGAGACGCGUCAGUCAAGGCAAGCCGCCCGCCAAGCAGAUGUUCAAGAAUGUCGAGAAGAGUCUUCGUGAAGGAUUCAAGUGGUCUCCCCGAGAUCGGGAGGACUUCGUCGAUUUUCUGCAGGCCGAGACCGACAUUGACAUCGCUGCAGAGUGCCAACCCAAGGGCGUUGCUCUGUCCCAAGUCUCGGACUUUUUCGCUUACGAUUCGGUCACGACGUUCUGGCGUCCUGUGGGAAAGCGGUACAAGAUCAAGGUCCUCGAAUACAACAGGGAGGUGGUGCUGGCCCAGAUAAAACUGUCGACCACCAAGCUCACUGCCCUGGCAUGCGUGUCGAGUAAUGACCAGAGCAAGAAUAUCCCGUCGAUGGGCAUUGUCACCAACUACAGCAUUACUAAGGAUACCCGAUGCAGGAGAAUCUCGAGAGAGAUUGCUGUUCCAGCGGGCGUAUCCUCUGUUCCGUCGCCGUCCUCACAGUCAGCGACGCCUUUGACGACCUCCCCUGCAUCUUCCCUGUCCUACGAGCUGCUCUGUCAGCAGUACAAGUUGGCCAAGGACCAGCAUGCCAGAGCCAAGGAACAGAAGAGCCAAGGGAAUUCGGGCAUCAAGAGGGCGCGCCCAGAACCACAGAAGCACGAGCAACCAUCGAUCUGCAAGCAAUACCAGCGAAAGCUCUACACGGCGGAGCAUGAGGCACGGUACCGGCAGUCGAUAGCUGAGGCCAAGGGAAAGAAGGUGAAGAAGAAGCGGCAAAGAGAGGCUCAACGACUCAAGAAGGAAAAGGAACUAGCCAAGAAGCCACCGCUCAAGAUCGACGAGAUGGACAGGAUGCACCUGAUCGAUGCCAUGCAAGCGGGCAGCGGCAGCGGCAGCAGCCAGCCAGCCACCACCGACGCCAGUCAGCUCCCCUCGUCUGAGCAGCAACAGAAACAUCAGCAGCAAGAGGUCUCUGCAUGCAUUCUGGAGGUUGUCGGGCAAGCCCGUAUGACGAAGAGACGCGCACAGGAGUUUCUGGGAGCAUUUAUCGAGACUGUCUUUGAGCGUGGUAGGAUCGAAGACGACCGAACCAUCCUGUCCUCUUUGUGUCCUGCCGUCGAGUUCAAGAUCCGUGGCUCUCAGGCAACCAGCAGCAGUCCCGCUGGCACCCCCGCUGAGGAUGAAGAUGAGGAAAAUACGGAGGAUGAUGGUGACGAGGAUGCCGAGCCGUCAGCAAUGGAUAAACCAUUCAUCACCUUCUACCGGAUUCUUCUGGCGCACAUCUACUCCCGCAAGAUCAAGUCCAAGACGGUUGCCGAGCGGCAAACCAACUCACAAGCGGAUGGCCAACCUGGCACGGUACUUCCCAAGAUCGACCCCAAGCUGCCUGCCAUCGAGAAUUACCUGCCUCUGAACAAGGCCAGUGGCGGAUCGAGACGUAUUGCGCUCCUCUCACCCCCGGAAGCUCGCUAUGUCGGCAUUUACUCCCGCUUUCCCGCGCUGGCUGGUGCUUUGAGCUGGCUGGCCAAGACAACGCCUGGCCGCCUUGUCACCACUUUCCUGACGGAUGUCGGUCUCCCGCCAGACAAAUACGACAAGGGCUACCGCAAGGUGAUAACAGUCAUGGAUGUGGGCGGCACAGGUGGCAUGGAAGGGCUCUGGGAACACCUCGGAUGUCUGCGGGCCGAGACGUUUGACCCCAAGGAAUGGGACAGCAAGAGUUAUGUUCUCAGGGGCUCGAUCCGGACCAAUGGCCGUUUGCUUCAGCUGCUGGCAUUCAAACUGAAGGAGCUGCAGUCUGUCCGGUACCGCCGUGUUCCCGAGGACAGGUUGCCUAACCCGUUCGUCACCACCAUUGGCGGCACCAACAGUUACCUGACCGAGGCAGGCCCGCAAUGUCAUCUCCACAACUGCGGAUGUGGAGAGCCUGUCGCGGUACUGUCGCUCGAUUUGGGUACCUCCUGCAUCGUCGGCGCCACCGUUUCGCUCCCAGUUGGCCAGACUCCUGCCACAUUGAAGCGAACCCUCGGCAAGGAGGGCGACCAGAAGAAGAAGAAGAAGAAGAAGAAGAAGAAGAAGAAGAUGAUGAUGAUGAGGCGUGCCAAGCGGAAGCCCGGUGAUCGGAAGCGGCAGAAGAAGAGGCAGAAGGCGCGCAAGUUUACCAAGCAGCCUCAGACGACUCGAUACUUUGAUCUGGUGGUCAAGCGCGAGGCCACGUCGCGGCCAACGGACAGUUUUGCCAACUGGCAUGAGGACCGGAAGGUGAACACCACCGGAGCGUCUACCGGCAGGACCAUCCAGGAUCUCGAAUCUGCCCUGCCACCGCUCAAGGGAGAAGGCGCCUCGCUUUACGAGUAUGUUGUAGCGCGUUGGGGUUUUGAGGGCGACAUGAACGACUUUUACAACAAUGCCAACUACUAG